AUGAAACCGACAGGUCCAGCUUCCGAGCAGGCCACUCUUCACGAGAACCCCGCCAUGUUCAGGCCCCCUGUGAACCGUGCCAUGCGCACACUCGACCGGUCAUUUUUCCGGAGAAACGUGCCCCUCUCCGUCGCGCAGGUUUUUAAACAAAGCGAUAUUUCGAACGUGCGGAAGGAUUUGGUCAAGAGCCACGACCUCCUGGUCUUGCCACGUAUUAGCUCUAUCCGUGAGGUGAAGGAUCAAGAUGGCAAGGUGUUGAAGGCCAUGUUGUUGCGCGAAGACCUGAAGGUGGAUGAUAAGGCAACAUGGUCGCCUACUAUCAACGAGCUCGUAAAUAAGGGAACGGUCGCAUUGGGACCUUAUGAAUUGGCAUUGGACUAUGACCAUUGGUCAUACGCUGAGAUCAUCUCAUCAAUUCUACCCGAGGACCUGAUGGAAGAGAUCCCUCAAGGCUUCACUCAAGUGGGGCAUGUCUUGCAUUUAAAUCUCCGCGCCCAAUACUUGCCAUAUAAGCACAUACUUGCCGAGGUUCUUAAGGACAAGAACCCGACCGUUCGCACCGUCAUCAAUAAGACCGAAGACGUCGGCUCACACAGCCAGUUCCGCACCUUCCCAUUCGAACUGCUGACAGGCGAGAAUGAUCUUAACGUCAUCCAGCACGAGCAGGACUGUGAGUUCCGGUUCGACUACGCCCGUGUCUACUGGAACAGCCGCUUGGAGACCGAGCACCGCCGCCUGGUCGAAAAAUUCGAGCCCGGCGAAAUGGUCUGCGACGUGAUGGCCGGCGUCGGCCCGUUCGCUGUGCCAGCCGGCCGGAAGAAGAUCUUCGUCUGGGCCAAUGAUCUCAAUCCGCAUGGAUUUGAAGUUAUGCAAGACGCUAUCCCCCGUAAUAAGGUGCAAGACUUCGUUACCCCCUUCAACAAGGAUGGUCGGGAGUUUAUCCGUUCCUCGAGUCGGUUGUUGCUGAACGCGAAGCCUCUUACCGUUACUAUUCACCCCAAGAUAUACACUCGUCCUACUGUUGUCAACCACUAUGUCAUGAACCUGCCUGCUACGGCCAUUGAAUUCCUUGAUGCCUUCCCCGGGCUCUAUGCUGGCGAGGAACACAUCUUUGCACCUAACACGGAGCAAAAACUGCCCAUGAUUCACGUUUACUGUUUCUCGGGACACUCAGAUAACGAGGUGGAUGAUCACAUCGAUAUCUGCGAGAGAAUCUCCGAGCGUAUUGGGCACAAGAUCACUAUCGACGACUGUGUGGGAGGCAAGGGCAACCAGGAAUUGGAACUCGCCAUUCACAAUGUGAGGCUGGUUAGUCCUAAGAAGCAGAUGUUCUGUGCUAGCUUCCGCCUGCCGCGGGAGGUAGCUUUUCGGAAGGUAUAG